AUGAGCGUCCUCGCAGAGGCUGAGGAAGUGGGUCCCCCGGAUGACCAAAGGGGGGUGAUAGAAGCGGUGGGCCCUGAUGAAGCGAUAAAAUUGGUACGUCCUGAUGAAGCGAUAAAAUCGGUAGGUCCUGAUGAAGCGAUAAAAUCGGUAGGCACUGAUGAAGCGAUAAAAUCGGUAGGCACUGAUAAAGCGAGGAAGAAAAAUUCGAUGGGAGAAGAAUCCAUAUAUGACGUUAUCAUAAUUGGGGGAGGGUUGUUCGGUUGUGCUGUGUACUAUUUCUUAAUGCAGAAAAAUCCAAGAGCAAAAAUUCUCAUAAUAGAAAAAGAAGAGACACUUGGAGGGUGUGUAAAAACUGAAUGGUGCAAACUUGAAGGGAAAAAUAUUGUUUGUGAAAUGGGUCCAAAUAUAUUUAAAUUAUGUGAUGAGAGUUAUGAAUUAAUUAAGGAUCUACAUUUAUUACCUCACUUAAGAGUUCUAAAUGAGAAGUUGCUCAGAUAUAUUUAUGUGAGUGGACAUUUGUAUCCUAUACGUUUAAGCCUAUUUGGCUAUCUUGUAUUCCCUCUUAUAAGUAUGACAAAUAAAAUAAAAUUAAUUUUCAAGUUAAUAUUUGGAAAAUACAAAAACCUGAAUUCAUAUCAUGAUGAUAUUAGCGUAGAGAAAUAUAUGCAAGAAAAUUUUGAUUUACAACAUUAUGACUUUUUAUUGUUGCCCUUGAUAUAUGGGUCCUGUGGAGGAAUUGGUAGUAUCUCAGCUAUAUCCUUUUUUUCGAGAAAUAUAAAACUUUUUAAUAAUAAAAUAAACACGUUACGCAUUUGGAAGGAGUACAUGAAGUGCCAUGUGGAUACUAGUUCGCGUGUCAGUACGCGUGUCAGUACGCGUGUCAGUACGCGUGUCAGUACUCCUGUCAGUUCACGUGUCAGUGCGUGUGCUAGUUCUGGUGCUAGUUCUGGUGCUAGUGCUGGUGCUAGUGCUGGUGAUGGUGGGUACUCCAGUACUACAGAUUCCAUUAAGAAUAGCUUCAGUAGUCGCAGUUUUGAUGAUUGUAUGUCCAAAUGUGAAUACAGUUCCCUCAGGGGGGAAGAAAAAUAUCCUCAUCGAAAGCACUAUGAUUCUAUGUGUCUACAACACUCCUCUGAGCAAAGGAAAGGUGGAAAUCCCGCCUUCUCCACUUUGUUAAGCAAUGCAUCCUGUAGGAAAAACACAUCCAGGUUAGACACAGUUGGAGGGGAUAUGGUUGGUGCAGAUACGUGUGGGGAAGACACAGCUGGUGAUACAGCUGGCGAAGACGCAAUCGGUGCUGACGUGAGUGACGGAUUUACUGUUGACCUUCACGCAGGUAUAAACAAAAGGAAGCAGGUGAGAACACCUCUUUUGGGGAUUCCCAUGGAAGGGCCCCAGAACUUCGUAAAACAAAUCUAUACACAAUACAAAGGUGCUAUCGUGACAUGUAUUCAACUUCUUUAUGCCCAGUUAGCCAAAAUGUUCAGCAAAGAAUGCGAAUAUGAAAAAAAAAAAAAAAAAAUUUGUGGAAAAACGGUAUCAUUAAAAUGCGGUAUGUAUGAAAUAAUUGAAAAAUUAAAUAACAAAAUAAAUAAAAAAUAUGUUUGGACAAAUGAAGAAGUAGACUAUAUUGAAAAAACGAAUGGAAAUACAUGGACAUGUUCAAUGAAAAAAACAAAACAAAACAAAAAUUGCUGUGUAUAUGGGAAAAAUGUUAUAAUUUCAGUAAAUUCAAAAAUAUGCUCAAAUAUCAUGCGAAAAAUACUCCCCCCGGAGAUAAAAACUAGGCUCACAAAUGUAUCAUACACAAACAUGAUUACCGUUACAUUGUAUUAUUAUAAGAAAGAUAUAAACUUACCAACAAAUUGUUUUGGAUUCCUAUCAGCAGACAAAACAAAUCAUAUACUCGGCUGUUUUUACACUAGCAACAUGUUCAACGAAAGACGACACAGUCAUGACAAUCGCAUCAUCUUGACCCUAUACAUGGGAGGUCAAAAUAACCCUAAUGAUGUUUACUUGGAUCAAGAAGAUAUAAUUAAAAUUAUUUCUGAGGAACUCAGUGUAAUGUUGCAAGUUAAAAAUAAUGCCAAACCUGUUAUCCUUCAUGUGAAGAAAUGGUUUGAUGCUAUUCCCUUUUAUUCACAUAAUUAUGAAAAACAUUUGAGGUCUUUCAUAUGCGAACUGCAAAAAUCGCAGUAUCGAAAUUUAUAUGUCGAUUCUAGUUGGAUAACGGGAACAUCCAUAUCUGACAGAAUUGCUUCUGCGAAAGACUUAUCAGAGUUUUUAUGCGCACGAAUUUUUUUAACAGAAGAUUAA